GGGGAUGGGGCAUCUACAGCUUCUCAGGGCAACCUGUGCCAAUGCCUCACCACACUCACGCAAAUAAACCACUUCCCGAUAUCCAACCCGAAUUUCCCCUAUUUCAGUUCGUGCCCAUGACAGCGAUACGCGGAGCGCUCUCCGCGCACGCGUAGUGGCGCCCCCGACGCCGCUGCGGGCGGAUGGGCGGGGCGGGCGCGCGCUUCAAACCGAGGAGGCGGGCGCGGCGCAUGCGCAGGGUUGGGGGCUCGCGCGCCAUGGCGGCGGGCGGCCGCGGCUGGUUCCGCGCGCUGGCGCUCGGCGUGUCCUUCCUCAAGUGCCUCCUGAUCCCCGCAUAUUAUUCCACAGAUUUUGAAGUACAUAGGAACUGGCUUGCCAUCACCCACAACUUACCCCUCUCUCAGUGGUACUACGAGGCAACUUCGGAAUGGACCCUAGAUUAUCCACCGUUUUUUGCCUGGUUUGAAUACGCACUCUCGCACGUGGCCAAGUACUUCGACCCACAGAUGUUGGUUAUCGAAAACCUGAAUUACACCAGUCGCGCAACCAUUUUCUUCCAAAGACUUUCUGUCAUUUUUACAGAUAUCCUCUUCAUAUAUGGAGUUCAUGAGUGCUGCAGAUGCAUAAAUGGAAAACGAGCUGCAAAGGAUAUCCUGGAAAAACCAGCAUUUAUUCUUGCUGUUCUGCUCUUGUGGAAUUUUGGGUUGUUAAUUGUGGAUCAUAUUCACUUCCAGUACAAUGGCUUUCUGUUUGGGCUGAUGCUUCUUUCUGUUGCUCGUCUGUGUCAGAAAAGGUAUUUGGAGGGCGCUCUUCUUUUUGCUGUUCUUCUGCAUUUCAAACACAUCUACUUGUACGUGGCCCCAGCAUAUGGCAUUUAUUUGUUACGAUCCUAUUGUUUUACUGCAAAUAAUGCAGAUGGAUCCCUGAAGUGGAGAAGUUUCAGCUUUCUUCAUGUAACUCUUCUGGGACUGAUUGUCUGUCUUGUUUCUGCUCUUUCUUUGGGACCCUUCCUAGUAUUGGGCCAGCUGCCUCAAGUCAUUUCACGGCUUUUUCCUUUCAAGCGAGGCCUCUGCCAUGCCUAUUGGGCCCCCAACUUCUGGGCUUUGUACAAUGCCAUGGAUAAAGCACUAACAAUUCUUGGUUUAAAGUGCAAUUUUCUUGAUCACACAAAAAUCCCUAAAGCCUCCAUGACAGGAGGGCUGGUUCAAGAAUUUCAGCACACUGUCCUCCCUUCAGUGACUCCACUGGCAACAUUAAUCUGUACUUUCAUAGCUAUAUUGCCCUCUGUUUUCUGUCUUUGGUUUAAACCUCAAGGGCCCAGAGGCUUUCUGCAGUGCCUUGUUCUUUGUGCGCUGAGCUCCUUCAUGUUUGGCUGGCACGUGCAUGAAAAAGCAAUACUCCUUGCUAUUCUGCCUUUAAGCUUGUUGUCUAUUCAGAGAGCCAAGGAUGCUGGCAUCUACUUGAUUCUGACAACAACAGGGCAUUUCUCACUUUUUCCAUUGUUGUUCACUCCACCAGAACUUCCACUUAAAAUACUGCUUAUGCUGCUGUUUACUGUUUAUAGCUUCUCUUCAUUGAAAUCUCUAUUCAGGAGAGAGAAGCCUCUCCUUAACUGGCUUGAAACAAUCUACCUCAUCCAACUCGUGCCUUUGGAAAUCUUCUGUGAAAUUAUAUUUCCCCUGACCCCCUGGAAAUGGCACUUCCCUUUUGUCCCUCUGUUGCUGACCUCUGUAUACUGUGCUCUGGGCAUCACAUACGCUUGGCUCAAACUCUACGUCUCUGUCUUGACUGAGAGAAUUCCUGUCAGACAAAAGGCUGAGUAAAGCCACAGUGCUGGGACCAGUCCCAGGAUACCCCUUUGAGGGGAUUACUGGCACAGUUGUAUGUCACAAGAACAUACAACUCUGGAUAAGACACAGUGUAUGUGUACCAUGGGGAGGUUUUCUUCCAGCACUCCUGUACUGCCCAACGAGGAUACCUCUGAUCAGAAGUGCUCACAGUAACGUGGAGGGCUGUGGAUAAACUGUGAAGCUCAACAAGGUCCAGACUUCUGUCCCAAGGAAAACCUGCCUGAUUCUCCCAUUACUGUUUGUAUUUGAAUAAAAGUUGUUGUGUCAAAUUAGAAGGGAUGAUUGCUGUGUAGGAGAGCGUUGUCACUGUGUUCUGUGGAACUUGUAAAUUAAAAACUUGACAUUUUUUCUUUGA